AUGUCUGAAGAAGUUAUAGGAGGCGUGGAGGUGUUAGAGUCUCUACUAGAUUUGGAGAGAAGACCAGCAGAUGACAAGACACCAAUACCAGACAUGGUCACCAAGUGUACAGUGCUGGAGCUAAAAUGUAAGAACAUAAAGCACAUCCCUAACACCAUAGAUAGAUGUAUCAAUGUGAAGAAGAUCAAUCUCACAGGGAACAUGCUUUCAUCAAUUCCCGGGUCAUUGUACAAGUUAAAAAAUCUCACACAUCUUUAUCUCGGAGGGAAUCAGUUGACAGAGCUCCAAGCUUCAAUGUGUGCUCUAUCACAUAUAGAGGAUCUGAACCUACAUAAUGACGAGCAAUCCAGUCUCCCUCCUGAUAUUGGUAAGCUGAGUGCACUGAAGAGUUUGAACCUCGGGUGGAAUCAGCUCACAGAGAUCCCAGCCUCAGUGUGUGCUCUACCACAUAUAGAGAAUCUGGACCUACAACAUAACAAGCUAUCCACUCUCCCUCCUGAUAUUGGUAAGCUGACCACACUGAAGAAUUUGGACCUCGGGGAUAAUUGGCUCACAAAGCUACCAGACUCAGUGUGCGCUCUACCACGUAUAGGGAACCUGGUCCUACGGAGUAACAAACUAUUCAGUCUCCCUGCUGAUAUUGGUAAGCUGACCACACUGAAGAAUUUGGACCUCGGGGAUAAUCGGCUCACAGAACUACCAGCCUCAGUGUGCGCUCUACCACAUAUAGAAAACCUGGUCCUAUGGGGUAACAAUGUAUCCCGUCUCCCUGCUGAUAUUGGUAAGCUGACCACACUGAAGAGUUUGGACCUCAGUAAUAAUCAACUCACAGUGCUCCCAGCCUCAGUGUGCGCUCUACCACAUAUAGAGAACCUGGACCUACAGUUUAACAAGUUAUCCAGUCUCCCUGCUGAUAUUGGUAAGCUGACCACACUGAAGAGUUUGGACCUCAGUUCUAAUCAACUCACAAAGCUCCCAGCCUCAGUGCGUGCUCUACCACAUAUAGAGAAUCUGGACCUAAAUUUUAACAAGCUAUCCAGCCUCCCUGCUGAUAUUGGUAAGCUGACCACACUGACGUGUUUGGACCUCAGUUAUAAUCAGUUCACAGAUCUCCCAGCCUCAGUCUGUGCCCUACCACAUAUAGAGAAACUGAACCUGAAGGGUAACAAGCUACCCAGUCUUCCUAUUAGUGUCAGUAAAAUGGUCACACUGAAGUAUUUGGACAUUUCCAGCAAUAAUAUAACGCAUUUACCCCACCAGCUUGCUUCUCUCACACUUUAUGUUCUGAAUGUGGAUGAUAACCUCAUCCAGCAACCACCCAUGUCAGUAUGUGAGGCAGGACAAGAGGCAAUAUUCAGAUACUUAAUUGAACUCAGGGAAUCAGAAGCAGUGGAGUCUUGCAGAUUGCAAUUAAACCUCUUGGGAGAGACAGGAAGUGGGAAAACCAGUUUAGCACGCUCUCUCAGACGUGGAAUACCCGUGCUGACUGAUGUAGCAGAUAGAACUAGAGUUGUGGAGCAAUCACUGUGGGAAAUUGAAGGGAACAUCAGUUUUAACAUCAAUGACUUUGGAGGUCACGAAGUGUACAGAGUUGGACACCGUAUAUUCAUCUCACAGAACAGUAUAGUUCUUGUCACCUUUGACCUGUCGACCUAUGACCCCCGCAGUAGUUCCUAUUUCAGACAACAUAUUGGAGUCUGGAUAGAUAUGGUGCAGUCCCAUAAUCCAGGAGUGACAAUUGCAUUGGUUGGUACACAUCUCGAUAAAACUGAUGAAGUAACCAGUAAGGCUGUAUGUGCGUCUGUCCAAGAAGUAAUUGAAAGUGAAAGAAUAAAGAGACAAGAUUGGUUCACCGAGCAAGCAAGAGAGCUACAAGUAAGAAUCCACGCCCUACAAAAAGACAAAAAUGAAGUCCUUACUUUAGCAUACAAAAGGAAGAUAGAAGCACUGAACAAAAGAAGAGGGCAGAACCAAUCGAGAAUUUAUCCCCACAUUUUCAUGGUGAGCUCGAAGACCCAGGCAGGUUUUGGAGACCUUAAAGAUUACCUAUCUGCCCAAGCAAAGGAAAGAAGUGUUACCCUACCAAAAACCUGGCAUGAGGCAGCAAAGACCAUCUAUGCAAAAAAAGAAAGCAAAACUGAAAACACACUUUGCUGGGACAAUGUGAAGCAAGACGUGGUAUACGCAAAUAAUACUGCAAAAUACAUAUGGAGCAAGAUACGUGGAAGAACUGAUAAUAAUGUGAAUGCAAUUCUUUCCUUCCUUUCCAGUAGAGGUGACGUCAUCUGGUAUCCAAACAAUCCAAUACUUAGUAACAUCAUCUUCCACAGGCAGGAAGUUCUAGCUGAUCUCUUGAAGGCAAUCCUCAGCCACGAUAAGGAUGAGUUUUUAAAUCAAGUCAUAGUCAGUGAGCCCAUGGCAGAGAAAAUUAAAGAAGAUUUCAUCAUGAGAGGAGUUCUCUCUGUGCAGGUGAUGGAGGAUCUAUGGAAACCAUUUGGUUUGACAGCCAGGGAAAGCAGUGCAAUGGUGGAGCUCAUGCAGAGGCUGGAGCUAUGCUUUAAGGUGAAUGAGGGCGAAGAUGGCGCCACAUUUCACUUUCCAUGGCUACUAGAACUAAGCCGCCCACCAAUCAUAGACACCAAGUGGCCUCAGUCCGUACCACAGGACACUACACAGCUUACACUGAAUGUGUAUUUUCCAUACCGCUGUCCUGAUGGUCUUUAUGAGAAAUUGUCUGUGCGCCUUCAUUCAACCCUUGGACUCUAUCAGCCUAUGAGGAGAGACUGGAAAGAUGGGGUAUUUGUGGACAAGGCGUCACACUGCAUGCAAAUGUCCAGAAGCCAGACAGACAGAAACUGGGUGAUCACCAUUGCUGUUCGUGGUCAAUAUCUCCCAGACCUGUGGAAAAUACUGCUCCAAAACCAUGACAACCUUAUGGACAUCCUGGAGGAAGAUUGGCCUGGCUUACCAUGUGACAAGUACCUGGUGUGUCCUCACUGUACAAGUCUAGAUGUAGAGACCCCAACCCUGUUCCCUGGUGAAGUGAUUGACCAGCCCCCAGCUGAGACUGUUGACAGGGUACCAUGUUGGAAAACAAAGGAAAUGAUACCAGCUGACUUAAUAUAUCCCAAUAUGCCAGGUUUAACAGCCAUGAAACCUCACCAAAAGCGUGCCCUGAAACAGCACAUGGAGCUGCUGGUCAGUAACAUUACUACUCCAUGCCUGAGUUACCUGCUGGACAAGCUGAUGCAGGAAGAUAUCAUCACUGACAGAGAGAAACAGUAUGUACGUUCUAAGCCGUCUACUGGGGACACAGAUAAGGCUGAGGGGGCAGCAGCAGCCAGUGUGGUGUCCCCUGAGCAGACAAGAACACUGCUCAAUAUUCUGCUAACCAAAGAAGAGAGGGCAUUCCAGUGUCUGUGUAGAUGUCUGGAGAAGAUUGCACAGGGUUUUCUGGCUAAAAAGUUGAAAAGGUAA